AUGGAGCUUAUAGUGGCCGCGCUCGCUGACCGUAGGAGGCAGCUACAAAUUCUUGUGGAGACCCAUUUGCCAGAAGAAGUGCAUUUGGAGCUAGGUAUUAGCCCUGGGACUCUCAUGAGUCGUCAAGCUUACAAAGCUUAUCAACUUUUGAAGGCAAGCUCUAUUGAUGUUGACGGCAUUGUUGAGAGAACAAGUUGGUCUGUCUAUGACUACAUAGGUAUCAAUCUCAAGUCAGCAGACUUGCUUUGGGAUUCUGGUUUCCGAGACGUGGACGAGAUAGAUGGCAAUACGUCGUGUAUAAGGGGACUUUGGCAUAGUUCACCGCCCUGCAGACUAGAUGUGUUCUUGGAGAAAGCGAACUGGCUCAUUAACAAAGGCGCAAGCAUAACUCGCAGGAAGGACUCCUGCCCAGCUUUGCAUUACCUUGGACAUGACGUGGGAAAGCUUCUGCAUUCAAUUGAUGACUUCGAGGGAUUUCUUUGGCAAAUGCAUGAGCUAAGCCGAGAAUCUAUCCAAUUAAUGUUCACGAUAUUCAUGGACGAAUCUCAAGACGACUGCUGCUGUCCGUGUUCUUCAACUGGUUGCUCAGGUCUUACGGCGUUCUUGCGCGGAAUGUUUCCGACACGGUCUGAUAAAGACUUGGACGAGCUCAUAAAUAGGCUUGCAAUUGUCAUAGAGGCCCUUACAAGCUCACAUGUGCUGCCUAGCCAGGAGCGUCUUAUUGAUCUCAUCGCUCCUUCUGUCCUGCGCUUUGUCACUUAA